AUGGGAACCUUGUUUCUGAACCAGAUUAAGAAGCAGGCAUCUUCUUUUCUGCAAGAGAAGUACAAAUCUGCUAGACUGGUCUUGACUGAUGUCACCGACGCACAGCUGUUGGCGGAGGAAGCCACAAAUACUUAUGCAUGUGGUCCCGAUGCCAAAACAAUGACCAGAAUAGCCGAGGCAUCCUUUGAUAUUGAUGAUUAUUGGAGGAUAGUUGAUGUUCUUCACAUGAGAUUGCAUGGCAUUGACUGGAAGCAGUGGAGGCAAUCCUACAAAUCUUUGGUUUUGCUUGAAUUCUUACUAACUCAUGGCCCAGAAAAUUUUGCUGAGGAAUUUACAUGUCACGCCCUUAUCAUUCGAGAGCUUGGAACAUUUCAACACAUAGAUGAGAAAGGCUUCAACUGGGGAGCUAGCAUGCAAAAGAAAUCAGAGAGGGUGCUAAAACUUCUAGCAGGAGGAGAAACUCUCAGAAAUGCACGUCUCAAAUCUCUCAAAAUAACAAAAGAAAUAGAAGGAUUUGGGAACUUAAUAGUUUCACCUUCUUCCUCAUCCUCUGAAAAAUCAAAAACUUUGCAUUUUGGAUCUGGACCAUAUUCCCCCUCUAGCUCUACCUAUAACGAAGUGGAUGAACGUGUAAAGCAUCCACCCACAAAGACCAAUUCACAAGAAGAAUCACACAUUUGGAAUUUCACUUUCAGAAGUUUGUCUGAUGUCGGAAAGGUGAUGAAGAAAAAAUUUGAUCGCCAAUUUUCCAUUGGAUAUUGA